GAGACCGCACCCAGAAAGGAAACAUCUAAUGGUAUAAAGUUCAAUCAGCCCAUUUCUGAGGAGAAGGAAGUGAACCUAAACUCCUCUCUUGUCUCUUUCCUGCACUAGAGGCCAUGGCUGCUGCAAAUCCAGCAAAAACUCUCCAGGAUGAACUGACCUGUUCCAUCUGUCUGGAGUAUUUUAAAGAUCCGGUGUCUCUAGACUGUGAUCACAAUUUCUGCAGAGCCUGCAUCACCCAGUGCUGGGAGGGAUUGGCUACCAACGUCUCCUGCCCUCAGUGCAGAGUGACUUUUCCCCAGAGGAACCUCCGGCUGAACAGGCAGCUCAGGAAUAUUGUGGAAGCAGCCAGAGAACUCAGGUUGUCGUCAGGGAAGGAACCAGAACCAGAGAGACUGUGUGAGAAACACAAGGAGCCUCUAAAACUGUUCUGCAAAGAGGAUGAAAUCCCCAUCUGCCUGGUGUGUGACAGAUCCAAGGAGCACAGAGAUCACAGCGUCAUUCCUGCAGAGGGAGCUGCCAAAGAAUUCAAGAAUCUCAUAACGGGACGUUCCCAUGUCUGACAUGGUCUGGAUAGUGCAUUAUCAAUGGCCUUGGAGAUGGAGAUCCAAAGCAGCGGGACGCAAAAAUAAGAAAAUAUUAAGGACUAUAAAACAACACAUCUGGACAACACCCACAGGUAUAAAAGGUGAAUGACAGGAAUAGAGAGAUUGUCAGAGCACAACGGGACUGCAAGGCAGAAAUGAGCAGAGGGAUAAUUGUUCAGUCAUGAAACCAAGACUUCACAGCCAAGGACACAUGUCUCUAUUUAAGCUGGAACACAAAAUAGUAAACAAAGGUUACACAAGAGGAUUCCUCAAGAACAUCCCCCAAACUCUGAGCUAAGAGACUAUGAAAACUGUGAAACUGAGGCGUGAAUGUGUAACAGCAGGAGUUUGUUUUAGUGCACUGGAUUUUCUAAUUCAAAAUUCUGUUAUUUCAUUAAUGUAAAUUGUUUCCAGUGAAGAGAGUGUAAUUAAGCUAACAGUAGUAAAUAUACAAUAGAUAAGAAUAAUAGUUACAGUAGUUUAUGGCAGUGGGUUUCAAUCUGUGGUCCAUACAGACAAUGGAUUUCCAAAGGGGUCUCUGCACCCCCAAUUCAAAAUUAUCAAAUGUAAAAAGAUUGAAACCCACUGGUUUAUGGUGUAGGCCUAAGUAGUAAUUCCUCCUAAACCAACUAAUUUUGAUUUACUUGUGAUUAUGCCCCACUUAACGGAUUUCUGUUUUACCCGCCCCAACGGAUUGAGAUAAAAUGUAAUUGAGCCUCUA